AUGAUUUUUCUCAAAUCUGUUAUAAAAGUAAUCGAUAACUCAGGAGCGCAAUUAGCUGAGUGUAUUAAAGUAAUAAGAAAAGGUUCUCCUAAGAGCCCAGCAAUUGUAGGAGACAGAAUAGUCUGUGUUAUUCAAAAAGCAAAACCCUUAACUCAAAACAUCACAGGAACAGCCAAUACGAACCGUGUUAAGAAAGGUGAUAUUUGUCAUGCAAUUAUUGUAAGAUCUAAACAGCGCAAUAUGUGCAGAAAGGAUGGCUCUAUGAUUGCGUUUGGAGACACUGCCUGUGUUUUGAUUAAUAAGAACACCGGUGAACCUCUAGGGACAAGAAUCAUGGCCAACGAUGGUUGUGUAGAUAGAACACUAAAGGACAAGGGAUUCAAUAAGAUAUGCUCUUUAGCUAGUAGGGUCAUAUAA